GACAGGCGGCGGCAGAGCUGGGGGAAGCUGCGGGCCAGACCCACGAUGAAGACACUGCCACUCUUACUGCUGCUGCUCCUGGAUCUGGGCCAGGCCCAGGGACCCCUGCACAGGGUGCCCCUCCGAAGGCAGCCGUCUCUCCGGAAGAAGCUGAGAGCACAGGGCCAGCUCUCUGAGUUCUGGAAAGCCCACAAGGUGGACAUGGUCCAGUAUACCGAGACCUGCACCAUGGAGCAGAGUGCCAACGAGCCCCUCAUCAACUACCUGGACAUGGAAUAUUUCGGCACCAUCUCCAUCGGCUCCCCACCGCAGAACUUCACCGUCAUCUUCGACACCGGCUCCUCCAACCUCUGGGUGCCCUCUGUGUACUGCACCAGCCCCGCCUGCCAGAUGCACCCCCAGUUCCGGCCUUCCCAGUCCAACACAUACAGCGAGGUGGGGACCCCUUUCUCCAUUGCAUAUGGCACCGGGAGUUUGACCGGAAUCAUCGGCGCCGACCAAGUGUCUGUGCAAGGCCUGACCGUGGUUGGCCAGCAGUUCGGAGAAAGUGUCAAGGAGCCGGGCCAGACCUUCGUGAACGCAGAGUUUGACGGCAUCCUGGGCCUGGGCUACCCGUCCCUGGCUGCGGGGGGAGUGACCCCGGUGUUUGACAACAUGAUGGCCCAGAACCUGGUCAGUCUGCCGAUGUUUUCUGUCUACAUGAGCAGUAACCCCGAAGGUGGUUCUGGGAGUGAGCUGACGUUUGGAGGCUACGACUCCUCCCAUUUCUCUGGGAGCCUGAAUUGGGUGCCGGUCACUAAGCAAGGCUACUGGCAGAUUGCACUGGAUGAGAUCCAGGUGGGAGGCUCCCCCAUGUUCUGCCCUGAGGGCUGCCAGGCCAUUGUGGACACAGGGACCUCCCUCAUCACCGGCCCCUCAGACAAAAUCAAGCAGCUGCAAGCCGCCAUUGGAGCGACGCCCAUGGAUGGAGAAUACGCCGUGGAGUGUGAGAACCUCAACAUCAUGCCAGAUGUCACUUUUGUCAUCAACGGUGUCCCCUACACUCUGAGUGCCACGGCCUACACCCUGCCGGACUUCGUGGACGGAAUGCAGUUCUGCGGCAGUGGCUUUCAGGGACUGGACAUCCAGCCGCCAGCUGGGCCCCUCUGGAUCCUGGGGGAUGUCUUCAUCCGGCAGUUCUACUCGGUCUUUGACCGUGGGAGCAACCGCGUGGGGCUGGCCCCUGCAGUCCCCUAGGUGGGCCCCUGUGUCUGCGCCUCCCCAGCACCUGCUCUGCCUGUUGGGCUGGGGCCUUCUUUACAUCUGUCAAAAAGUCAUUUUCUGGGGCCGGUGUGGUUAAGCCACAGCCUGUGCCACUGGCAUUCCACACUGGCAUCCUGUCUGCUCCUCUUCUGACCCAGCUCCCAGCUAAUGGCCUGGGAGGGCAGCAGAAGAUGGCCCAAGUGCUUGGGCCCCUGCCACCCACAUGGGAGACCCAGCUGGGGUUCCAGGCUCCUGGCUUUGGCCUGCGGCCAUCUGGGGAGUGAACCAGCAGGCGGAAGAUCUCUCUCUCUCUCUGUCUGUCACUCUUUCAAAUAAAUAAAAAAGAAAUCUU